AUGGGCUGUCUUUGCAGCAGAUUCUCCAAGGCGGCCGAGGAGCCGACCUCCCUCCCCCUCCCAACCCCUGUCUCCGCCACCCCUGUCCCCGCCCCUCUGUCGUCUCCGGUGGCCGAUUUCGAGCCAACGCCGGAGCCAGAGCAAGCACCACCACCACCAGCUGCACCAGCAGCAGCAGCAACAGCACCGCCACCGCCACCAGAGACGGACCUGUCUUGGAGAGGCUGGCCAGGCCUCCUCAAUCACGAGGAGAGGGCCGCUGGCGUUGUCGUGGGCGCACGCCCACUGUCCGAAGACAGCGAGCCGGGACAAGCACCGGCACCAGCAGCCACCAAGCCGUCAAGAAGGAAGAGGCUGGUCAACUCGCUCUUCCGGUCAUCAAGCCGGUCAUCAAGUUCCGGGUCGUCCAGUUGGACGACAGUCAAAUGCCGCACUGAGACGGAGGAGUCUCAGCCACUGCAGGCACCACCGCCGCCGCCGCCACCAGCCAAGAUCCGACGCAAGCGACGGGGCUCGAAGAAAAUCUUCCGCUCGACAAGCACCGACACCUCAGGGUCGGUAUACAGCCAAGCCUGCUCGACCAAGAGCAGGUCAACAAUCCUGUAUCACGAGUCGGAAGAUUGGCCAGCGCCGGUACGAUGGCCAGAGCCCGAGCACGAUCCCGCCGCGCCGGCGAUGCCGGCUGUCAAGAUCAUUGCCGCCACCGACAGCGAGGUGGCCGAGGAGGGACCCAUCCGGGGUCGACUGCUGUUCCCGCAGUCGUUUGAAUUCUUGAGAAGCGAGUGGUACAAGUUGUGA